AUGCAGACCCCCUGCUUCGCUCGUCCCGUCCGCCUUCUCUUGCGGUCCUCGUGCAGACGAGCACUCGUACCGCACAGAACAUGGGUCGUCCGAGGACAGGCGACAGUCGCCACGUCCGGCCCAGCGGUCACCGCAACAAAUCGUGCACAAGCGACGCUGAAGCGGUUCUGGAAGACGGUGGGUAUAGAGCAGCGUGACGGUGCGUUCGCUGUCACCCUCGACAACCGCCCCCUCAAGACGCCCUCCGGAACGCCUCUCUUGAUCCCGCAGGACAAACGGCUGGUCGCGACGCUCAUCGCCGCCGAGUGGGAGAGCCAAGAGACACUGCUCAAGCCCCAUGCACUUCCAUUGACCUCUCUUGCGUCUAGAGCGAUCGACGCAUUCAAGGAUGAGGACAUGCGGAAGGAAGCGCGCGCUCAGCUGCUCAAGUACCUUGAGACAGAUACCAUCUGCUUCCAUCAAGACCGGCCCCCGGCUCUCGUCUCGCUGCAAAGAAAACACUGGGACCCGCUGCUAGCCUGGGCCCGCUCCACGUUCGGCGUUGACAUACACACAACAGACUCGUUCGUUGUGCUCUCACAACCACCAGAGACUCUGAAAAAAUUCGAUGAGGUCAUGUCCGAGUUUGACUUCUGGGAGAUGGCAGCAAUGGAGCGCGCAACAUACGCAUCCAAGUCGUUCCUGAUCGCGCUCGCCCUUGUCAUGCGGAACUUCACCGUGGAAGAGGCGGCAAAGGCAGCGCACGUCGAGGUGAACAGCCAGAUUGAGCUCUGGGGCGAGGUAGAGGACUCCCACGACGUAGACUACCACGACAUCAGACGGCAGCUUGGCAGCGCGGCAUGUAUACUAUCUCAUCUAUGA